AUGGUUCUUACGUUUCAAAACUCGGCCCUUAUCCUGGCACUAUUCGAGAUGUCUAAAACCCUACCUUCGAAUACCACCGUUGCGACCUUGUUCCAUACUAUGACGACUGCCAUUUUUACAAACGAAAGCUGGAAGCUAGCGAUACCGGCUGUCCUAUACACGAUUCAGAACACCCUUCAAUACCUCGCAGUCAGCAACCUCGAUGCGGCGACUUUUCAGGUCACAUAUCAGCUCAAAAUCCUGACGACUGCCAUAUUUAGUGUGUUGAUGCUCGGAAGGACACUGUCAGCGCGUAAAUGGCUUUCAUUGCUGCUGCUCAUCGUCGGUGUAUCCAUCAUACAAGUACCGCAAGCCAUUUCCGAUCCCCUACCACAGGGUGCGGUUUCAGAGCCUUGGAUAAAGGCAUUAGAGCCAUUAAACGACCUUGGUAACAACGUUGCUGCGCGGAUGGUAAAGCGGUCAGGGUCAUAUGAAGGCAUACAUGAGGAUCGCGCCGCGCAGGUGCCCCACAUGAACCGUAAUGUUGGUCUCAUGGCUGUUCUGGUUGCAUGCGCGCUAUCAGGCUUGGCUGGUGUAAGCUUUGAAAAGAUCUUGAAGGACUCCAGCGGUUCCAAAACUACAACGCUGUGGGUGCGCAACUGUCAGCUUUCCUUCUGGUCGCUCUUUCCAUCGCUAUUCCUUGGCGUAAUAUGGAAGGACGGCGAGAUCAUCUCCAAGACGGGCUUCUUCGUUGGGUACAACUGGGUUGUGUGGUUAGCCAUUGGCUUCCAAGCUGCAGGCGGAGUCAUUGUUGCACUGGUUAUAAACUAUGCGGAUAAUAUUGCGAAGAAUUUCGCAACUUCCAUCUCAAUCCUCAUCAGUUGCAUUGCUAGUGUAUACUUCUUUGACUUCAAGGUGACGAGAUCGCUGGAGCUCGAAAUCCUGGCUGAGUGCGUGCUGCAAACUUCUGCUGCUAACAUGUGA